ACCACCAAUAAGACUAUGUUGUAAAUCGGAAAAAGAAAGUAAGAUGUGCACAGUGAGCAUAUAUUAGCAUAUGAAUUUUCCUCAUUAUUAAAAUCAUUCAGGUUUCAUUUUCUUGAAAUCAAAUUGAACCGUUUAAGCCUCUUAAUAGUUCAUUUUUAAGGAUAUUACUUGUUCAAAUUUUUCGGUUUUUAUUUUCGAUUCGAUUUAGUUACACAAAUCAAUCUCCCAUCCUAGUCAUACAUAUAACAACUUUGAUCAAAUAAUAAAGACUUUUUCUUUUAAUAUAUUUGAGUGUAUGUGAGGGAUGGGGUAAGAUGACAAGCCCUAGCCUUCUCAAGGUCCACUUUGCAGCUGGAAGAUUACUCGGCCACCAAUGUUAUAAAGCCUCAUUUGGCAGCACACAUAGAAAAUGCACUGAUUUGUCCCUUCCACAAGAGCGCUCGAAGGAUAGAUUCAUGGAGAUUCAUCUCUUUCUACGCCGAGGAAGAAUCGAGAGACGAAACCCUUCUCAAAUUUGCCAAGCUCGACUUCAACUUCGUGCAGCUGAUGCACCAAAACGAGCUGGCCUUCGUUUCCAGGUGGUGGAGGGACACUGGUCUUCAAGAGAGGCUUCUCUAUGCAAGAGACAGAAUCGUGGAGCUGUAUUUUUGGGCGACGGGAUCUCAUUACGAGCCACACAAGGUGGUGUCGAGGAUUGCAGCCACCAAAUUUGCCAAAAUGGUGUCGUUGGUCGACGACACUUUCGAUGCCUACGGUACCCCUGAGGAGCUCCAACUCUUUGCUGACGCUUUUGAGAGGUGUGACGACGAGAGUGCGGUUGAGCAGCUUUCGGAUGACAUGCGACUCCUUUUUAGGGCAUUUCUCAAACUUUGUGAUGAUAUGGAACAAGACAUAGAGAAAGAGGGGAGAAGCUACGGAGCACACCACGCCAAGGAUGCUUUCAAGGAGUUGGCGAGGGCAUAUGAUGUGGAGGCAAAAUGGCUGGCGAGUCGCUACACACCGACGGUGAAAGAGUUCAUUGCAAACGGCAUACCUUCAAGCUCUUACGGCGUGAUCUCAGCUGCAUACUUCAUUGGAAUGGGGGAAGCCAUGGGUGCCAAAGAGUACGAGUGGCUGAAAACCAACCCCACCAUCGAUACGGCAGCAAAGCUCCUGGGGCGGCUACUCAAUGACAUCAUGAGUCAUGAGGAUGAGCAGAAGAGAGGGCACUGUCCAUCUGCGGUGGAAUGUUACAAGAAGGAGCAUGUGGUGUCGGACGAAGAGGCAGUGGAAGCGAUCAGGAAGAUGUGCGAUGAUGCAUGGAAGGACUUGAAUGAGGAGUGCAUGCGGCCGACUCCAGUUGGGAUGCCUGUGAUUCAGCACUUCCUGGACCUCGUCCGAAUCAUCACUUUCAUAUACAUUCGUAACGAUUCGUAUACGCACUCGGGGUCUAUGAAAGAUCACAUCACUUCCAUCCUACUCAACCCGAUUCCUAUCUAGCAAGGCAACCCCGUAAAUAUAAUGUAGGUCAUGCUGCUGGAGGAGUUGAUGAAGAAUAUCGGUGUGCCAGAAGAAGAAGGUUUGAAAGUGGUGCUGGUUUAUUUUGCAUUUGGUCGCUGCGCUCAAGUUUGUUUAGUGCAUGUGUUACGUUGUUUGAGUCCUGUCUGUGUUAGUUAGCGGUUGCUGGAAUUGUAGAGUCCAAUAAUUGUAGCUGAUUUACAGGGAUGGAGGAUCAUGAUUGUGAAUUUGUUGUCGAGUUUUGCUGGCACAAAAACCUUGUACUUAUUAUUCAUGCUUUGCUUUGAUCUAUGGAAUAGAGUGUCAGUUUGCAUUUAAGGCCCAGAUCGGACUCAAAACUGAACCAGUUUGGGCCGGUUUACCCCUAGCCCACAUGGAGACGCACCAAGCAGCGGGGUGCUUCUUGUACAUUAAAGCACCAAUACUAUAUAGCAUAGUAGAAGUGCUCAUAUAUAGUGACGAACUAAUAUGGUAACCAAAAACCUUAACUUAUUUUUGUCUCAACGAUUCCUUAGAUUGGUCACGAUUUCGGGGCACUUUAUGUCCCGAACUACAAUUGGUGACAGAUAACAGCAUUUUCGGUGACCAAAACAAUUCUGGUUGCAAAAACAGCUGACUUGAAUUAUAUGUGCCAGAUGUGUUUGGCAAAUUCAAGGACAAAAAUACAGGAGAGUACAAGGAAUGUCUUGAGGGACGACGUGAGAGGGAUUCUGAGUCUGUACAAUGCCUUCCACAGUGUGGUUAUGGUUACUCGUAUCGAAUAAUGCUCGACAAAAUCACUAACUCUGUGAUCGCACAACAAAUGGUUUGCGGUUAAUCACUUAUUUGCAAUAUGUGAUUUGUCAUUAGUUGUGAUCAACCGUGGUAGCCAAAGACGAUGGAAACAAAAAUCUAAAAAAAUGAAUUUGGUGGAAAGGUCGUCGACCUCAAAGAUGGAAAGGAGAGCUAGUGAUGGUUGGGCACAUCGACAUGAAGCAUUGCUUACUCGGUUGGGCCAAAUAUUUCUAUAGUUUAGUGUAAUAUGUGGUUAGUUAUAUUCUUAUUUGGUGCUAUUGGUGCUAUUUGUAGUUAGUCUACAAAAGAGACCUAUUUGUGGUGUUAUUUGUCAUCCCAAAAUAACUUGACCCAAUUUUAGGUAUAAUGCGCUUAAUCAUUGGUGGAGAAUAGGAUCAACAAACUUCAUUAUCAGUGGAGAAUAGCCUCGGGCUGAAUCCGUGUUUUGCAGCCUCCAAAAUCGAAAGAAAAUAUAAUUUCGAAAAAAUCGUCCGAAAUCUGUGAUGGUACCCCUUUGGACUCUGCCAAAAAUGGACCGGAGAAAUCCGCCCAAAUACGUGCUUAAUGGAUUUACUCAUCGUUGAAGAAUAGCCUCAUGCAGAAAUCGUGAUCCGUAGCCUUCAAAAUCCAAGGAAAAUGGCCUUUUGAAAAAAAUUGCACAAAGAAUUACGAAAAUGUCAUCCAAAAAUAAAUUGGCCAAAUUCUAUGCCUAAUGGACUUAAUCAUUGGUAGAGAAUAGUAUCAAUAGACUUUAUUAUCGGUGGAGAAUAGCCUCGAGCUGAAUCCGUGAUCUGUAGCCUCCAAAAUCGAAAUAAAAUAACAUUUCGGAAAAAUCGUCCGAAAUCUGUGAUGGUACCCAUUUGGAAUAUGCCAAAAAUGGAUCCGGAAGAAAUCCGCCCAAAUCCGUGCUUUAUGGACUUACUCGUCGUUGAAGAAUAGCCUUAGACAGAAUCUGUCAUAUGUAGCCUUCAAAAUCCAUGGAAAAUAGCAUUUCGAAAAUAAAUGCCCAAAGAAUUA